AAAGACAACCUUUUUUCCAUUCCUGUGGUGCGUUAUGAGUGUCCCGUGAAGCAAGCCAGUUUUGCCUUUUACAACCCAGACGUCUGAGUGAUGCCUUUAAGACCCAGAGCUUCGUCUCAGCCCGGGAGAGGCGGCGUGCUCCUGAACCCCAAAGUCAUGGCGGUUCUGCGCCCCCGAGCUCUGACCUCGAGCUCCCGCUCGGCCGUAGAGGACCAGCUGUCAUGUCCAGUAUGCUGCGAGAUCUUCGCAGACCCCGUAGUCCUGCGCUGCAGCCACAGCUUCUGCCGGAACUGUCUGAACCAGUUUUGGAACAAGAAGGCGCCCAAGCGCGAGUGUCCUGUGUGCCGCAGGAGGUGUUCGCUCACCGAGCCGACAGUCAGCCUCGUGCUGAAGAACGUGUGCGAGACACUCGUGCAGGAGCAGAAAGGACUGACCACACCGCCAUCGUCGCCCGGCACCAUGGCCAGGCAGUUAGACCUGUGUACCACCCACAGAGAGCCGCUCAAACUCUUCUGCCACGACGACGAGGAGCUGCUCUGCUGCGUCUGUCACACCUCCAGGAAGCACCAAGGCCACCGAGUGUGUCCCAUGGAGGAAGCGGCGCAUGAUCUAAAGGCGGAGUUGAAGCAGGAGCUGGCGCCGAUGAAGAAAAGUCUCCGUCGGCUUUAUGAGGCCAAGCAGGAGAGGGACGACAUCACCGUACACAUCAAGAACCAAAGGCAGCAGGCAGAGAAACAGAUCAGAGAGGAUUUCGCAGAGAUCAGACAGUUCCUGGAGAAACAGGAGCGGGCGAGGAUCGCUCUCCUGUCUGAGGAAGAGGAGGAGAAGUUGCAUCUGAUGAAGAAAAACACAGACAACCUCUCGAGAGAUAUUCUGAACUUCUCACACGCUGUCAGAACCAUAGACGACGAAAUCGCCAACAGCGACUCUGUGUUCCUGCAGCACUACAAGAACAUAAAAAAGAGGACACAUUUGACCUUUAAUGAACCGGAGAAAGUUCCGGGUGCUCUCAUCGAUGUGGCGAGACACGUCAGCUCUCUGAAGUUCAGCUUGUGGGAAAACAUGCAGGCCAUGGUGGAAUACACUCCGGUGACUCUGGAUGCCAACACAGCCUACCCCUGCCUGACACUGAGCAAAAACCUGACCCAAGUCAGCAACAGCGGCGUGAUGCAGAAGCUUCCUGACAACCCCGAACGCUUCGACCACUUCGUCUUCGUUUUAGGCUCCAAUGGCUUCGAUUCGGGACGCCACGCCUGGGAGGUGGAGGUGAAGGACAACAACGACUGGGUUGUCGGCGUAGUGAAGGAGUCUAUAGCCAGGAAGGGGAAAGUCUCUGGAGGUCCAGAGGCAGGUUUCUGGACUAUAGCGCUUUCGGAUGGCUCGUACACGGCCAUGACAUCUCCGCCCACACAGCUCAAGCUGAGCGGCCGCCUCGAGAGGGUCAGAGUAAAGCUGGACUACGACGCCGGUGAGGUGAGCUUCUCCAACCCCAUGAACUUGACACCCAUCUACACUUUCUGUGAUCGCUUUACAGAGAGAAUGUUCCCUUUCUUCUGCCCUGGCGCCAACAUCAAUGGCAGCAACCCGGGUCCUCUAAAGAUCUGCCCAGUUAAAGUAGCCAUGUGGAACAGCGCCAUCUGGUAACAACGUUGUUUUGAUUCAAGAAAUAAAUAAAAAGGAUCUGCUGUACAUACUAAAUCAGACUCAAAGUAAUCAGAGUGCUCUGGAAAAUUUUAUUAUUUGUAUUGAGGGUAAAAUAACCAAUAAACGAUUA